AUGCUGGCUUGCUUGGCCAGAGGGAAUUUGCUGGAUAUUCUUCAGGAGGGCUUCACGGAGCAACAACUACAGGCAUAUGUGGCCUGGGUGAAUUCCCAGCUGAAGAAGAAGCCAGCAAUAAAGCCAGUCCAAGACCUGAGACGAGAUCUCCAAGACGGAGUCAUUCUUGCUUUGCUUAUUGAGAUUGUAGCUGGUGAGAAGUUGGAUGGCAUUCAGGUCAACCCUAUCAGCCAGCAGGAGAUGAAGGAAAAUGUGGAGAAGGUCCUACAGUUUGUGGCAUCAAAAAAGAUCCGCAUGCAUCAGACAUCAGCAAAAGAUAUUGUUGAUGGGAACUUGAAAUCUAUCAUGAGGUUGAUCCUGGCCUUAGCUGCUCAUUUCAAACCAGGCUCUGGGAGACCGAUGAAUCAUGGCUCUGCUGGCACGGUGGGGAAGAGCUUGUCUGCGUCGUCUGCCAGUUACAGGCCUCGCUCAGCGGCCGCAGUGGCCCAAGGGGCUGUGGCUGCUCUGGCCGAUGUUCGUCAAGAUGUCUUGCAAUCCGGCCGAGAUGUGUUCCGGCACCGACAGAGAAAUAGCAGCAUGGAUGAGGAGAUUGAAAACCCCUAUUGGAGCGUCCGGGCACUGGUGCAGCAGUAUGAAGGGCAGCAGAACAUGCCAUUGGGGUCCCACUCUUCCAGUCUUGCAUCACCCAGUCCUAUCCAUAGUGUGAAGAGUGAAUCCACUGUAGCUCCAUCAGAGGAGAAGGAAAGACUUGUGGUCAUCCGCACUGAAGAAGCAGAAACUAAAACAGAAGAGACAGAAUCUCAUUUACAGCCUGAGCGGCAAGCAGGGAACCCUGAGUCAUAUUUGGAGAAUUCAUGGGAGGAGCAGCUUUUGGAACAACAGGACCAUUUGGAAAAAGAAAUGGAGGAAGCAAAGAAGAUGAUUUCAGGUUUGCAGGCUUUGUUACUCAAUGGGUCUUUACCUGAGGAUGAGCAGGAAGGAUCCUUUGAACUUUGCGAACAUGGAGCCUGCCCUGAAGAGCAGCUGAUCAUAAUCCGAAGUCGCCUGGACCAGAGUGUGGAAGAAAAUCAAGACCUAAAGAAGGAGAUAUUGAAAUACAAACAAGAAGCUCGAAACCUACAGGGAAUAAAG